GCUCUGGAAUCUCAGAGAAGAACACAAAUCAGCUUCAUGGCAAGACCUAGAAACAUCAAGAACUCACUGAUGACACUGAACCCAACUUUUUUCUUGCACUUUCUUGCACUUUCUCCAUUCACUUCACUCCUUUUCUCGCCCAAGAAAAGCCCGAGAAACCGCCACCCAUGUUCGGCACCAAAACCCUCUUUCUUCUUUCUCUCUCUUCUCAUCUUCUUCAGUUUCCUGGGAGUUCUAAUCCUCAGCUCCAUACUCAUUUCUCAGAACAAAGUCCCAUGCUCUGCGAACCCGUCUUCAUCACCAUUCAGUAGCUUCUCCUUCCCUUUUUUCUCAUCUUCAUACUCUCCUCUGCACAUAGCCUCUCUUUCGGCUUUGAUUUCGGCCAGUUCUGAAGAUGAUGAUGAUGAGCCAAGACUGUCACAGAGUGUAAUGGUGCCACUACCGGUUCAUCGGGUUUCGGGAAAUCUGUCCGAGGAGGAGAGAGAGUUCUGGCAGCAGCCAGAUGGGGAAGGAUACCAACCGUGCUUGGAUUUAAGUAUCGGGUACCGGAGAGCAUCAGCGGGGAUUCUGAAGGGGAAGCGGAGGUUCCUGAUGGUGGUGGUUUCCGGAGGAUUGAAUCAGCAAAGGAAUCAAAUUAUUGAUGCAGUUGUCAUUGCUAGAAUUCUUGAAGCCGCAUUGGUUGUACCAGUUUUGCAGGUCAAUCACAUUUGGGGAGAUGAAAGGUACUCCUCUCCGAUUGAUCACAUUGUUAAUUAG